GGCAGCUCCGCGAUGCCGCCUCCGGAGCCCAUGCCCGGCUACGGGGAGCUGCUCCGCCGCGGCUACGGCAGCCUGGCCGCGGCCGCCCGGGGCUGCGGGGACUGCGGCUGGGAGCGGGCGCGCCGGAGCUGGGCCGAGAACGCGCACCUGGGCUGGCCGGAGGUGCUGCUGUGCGGGAUCUGCGCGCUGGCAUGGACCGCGCUGCGCCGCGCCUGCUCCCGCCGCCUGUUUCGGCCCUUCGGGGAAUGGUGCGAGCUGCAGCCCAGGGAUGCGGCCAAGAUGCCCGAGAGCGCCUGGAAGCUGCUCUUCUACUCCGUGUCCUGGUCCUACGGCGCCUACCUGCUCUUCGGCACCGACUACCCCUUCUUCCACGACCCGCCCUCCGUGUUCCGCGGUACCGGGGAUGGGGAUCCCGGGAUGGGAACCGGGGUGUCCCGGGAUGGGGAGCGGGGUGUCCCGGGGUUCUGGUUCCGGCUCUAUUGGUUCCCGCUCAAGGUUCUCUACGCCACGAGCCACUGCAGCCUCCAGGCCGUGCCYGACAUCCCCUUCUACUUCUUCUUCAACGCUCUGCUGCUCGUGCUCACCCUCAUGAACAUCUACUGGUUCCUGUACAUCGUGCUGUUCGUGGCCAAAGUGCUGCUGGGGCAGAUGCAGGAGGUGAACGAUGUGCGCGAGUACGACGGACGGGCGCUGGGGACAGCGGUGGCUUUUGGGACCGAUGGCUUUUGGGACAGCGGUGGCUUUUGGGACCCUGUGAAGCGGGACUUUGAAGGUUCGAUGUGCCGGAAGCCGAUGGAUUUAAGAGAGAAGCGUCGGACACUGUGA